AUGCGGGACUCUCUACUCUGGGUUACUCUGGGGGUACUGGGGGUCCUGGAAAAAGGGGGGCACACCUACCAAAACCCCCACCAGCCUUUUCAAGUCACAUGGAUCUUAAAAAAUGGAGAGACCUACGAAGAGCUAAACCGGACCACAGCUACCCAACCGAAAGAUAAGUGGUGGCCGGACUUAUAUUUUAACCUUACAAAAUUAAUCGAACAAUCAGGAUACUCCAAGUGUAGGGUCAGGUCUCUCGGGUUUUAUGCCUGCCCGGGACAUCAGCGAGAAAACAUAAAAACCUGUGGGGGAAUGGUGAGCCGCUACUGUAAAUCCUGGGGCUGUGUUACUUCCAAUGAUGGGUAUCGGAAGUGGUCGGUGACCAGGCCAGACCUGAUCAAUAUGUCCUUCAAGGGUCCUCUUCCAAAAUCAGAUUGGCAGGGACGACCCUCCAACCCAGGGCAAUGCAGCGACCAGAUCCGACUAUCAUUCACACAGCAGGGACGGACUGAAAAUAGAUGGAUUUCCGGGCUGUCCUGGGGGGUAGUGAUAUAUGAUACCUAUGGUACGGGAAGCAAUAGUGCAACAUUGUAUGUUCAGCAAGUCCUACAACCCGCCCAGACCCAAGUUAUGGGGCCCAACCAGAUUAUUACACCCCCCCGCCCCUCACCACAAGGGACAAAUGCCGCAAAUGUUGUGACCUCGCCUACCCCUACCCCCUCUCUUCAGCUAACCCAGACAGACCCACCAGAAACCCAAGAACCCCUGUGGGCCUUGAUCAAAGAAACCUACGGGGCCCUUAACCACUCCAAUCCUAAUGCGACUCAAUCCUGCUGGCUUUGCUACACCUCACACCCACCUUACUACGAGGCCGUGGGCUUAAAUGCCACCUACAACUUAUCCACUCUCUCUAACCCACCACAGUGCUCUUGGGGAGACCGCAAGGUGGGCCUUACCAUGAAACAAGUAUGGGGUUCGGGGACCUGCUUAGGCACGGUUCCUACAGAUAAACAAACCCUGUGUGCCCAGACUGACAAUGACACCAACUUCACCGACAAGACCUAUGUCAUUCCCGAAAUCGGGGGGUGGUGGAUAUGCUCACGGACUGGGCUGACGCCCUGUCUCCAUUUGGCUGUCUUCGACCAGAGCAGAGAAUUCUGUGUCAUGGUAGUAGUAGUACCCAAGAUUACAUACCACCCAGAGGAGGUCCUCUACAACUUUUGGGACCAAGAUACCCCAGCUCCCAGACAUAAGAGGGAGCCCGUUACAGCUAUUACUCUAGCAACACUGUUCGCCCUGGGGGCGGCCGGAACGGGCACGGGCAUUGCUUCCCUGACUACACAACAUCAGGGCCUAAUCACCCUGAGAGUCGCCAUUGAUGAAGACAUUGCACGAAUAGAAAAGUCUAUGAUGGCCUUGGAAAAAUCCCUAACCUCUUUGUCAGAAGUGGUGUUACAGAACAGACGAGGCCUAGACCUGAUUUUUUUACAACAAGGGGGCCUCUGUGCAGCCCUCAAAGAAGAGUGUUGCUUUUACGCAGACCAUACAGGGGUAGUGAGAGAGUCCAUGGCCAAAGUAAGAGAAGGACUAGAGCGCAGAAAGAGGGAACGGGAAGCCCAGCAAGGUUGGUUCGAAUCAUGGUUCCAAAACUCCCCCUGGCUGACCACCCUGCUCUCGACCUUAAUGGGACCACUCAUAAUCCUCUUGUUGCUCUUAACUUUCGGGCCCUGUCUCUUAAAUAAGCUCUUGGCCUUCGUCAAACAGCGGCUCAACACGGUUCAGCUGAUGGUAUUGCGACAGCAGUACCAAGGGCUUCCAACGGACACUCUGUGA